CACCAGACUCGAACCAGACAUGUUUUGCUUGCGCUCCUCGCAGCUAUCUAAGCGUUUGCUUGGACGUCAAGAUGCAAUUAAAAACUGCCAAAAUCUACGAGCGGUAUUAGGAAGUACUAGAUACCGUUUAAAGUCUACAAAUGGUAUCUCCUUGACGGAGGAGCAGAAAAAACAGUAUGAGACAGAGGGAUACUUGAUCAUUGAAAACGUUUUCGACAAAGAACACAUCCAAAAGAUGAAAGAUGCGCUUGACGAGUGCGAGGAAAGAGCAAAAACAAUGACAAAGUCAUCGAAGCACUACAGUCUUGAUCCUCAACAUACAAUUGAUAAUCCAAUGCUUCAACGUGUUCAUAUGCCAUCUUUACUCUUUCCAAUUUACGAACAAACAAUUGGAAAUGAAAAGCUGUUAGAUAUCGUGGAGGAUCUGAUUGGCCCUAAUAUCCGCUAUAUAAGACAAGAUAAAGUGAACCUUAAGCUUCCUAAAGGGACAGGAUUCCCCAUAAAAUGGCACCAAGACUGGGCCUUCAACCCACAUACGAAUCAGAAAAUACUAAUGGCAUGCGUCUCUAUAGAUGAUACAACAAGAGAAAACGGAUGUCUCCAAGUCGUCCCGAAGUCACACAARGGUCCUCUUUUCUCUCACUUCAAAAACGGAGAAUUUGUAUCUGCUAUCAAUGACGAACGGUUUGAUCCAAGCUCUGCAGUCCAUGUUGAGGUUCCAUCUGGAGGGGUUAGCCUCCAUCACGUCCAAACCAUCCAUGGGUCAGCUGCUAACACCUCUGGCGUUAAACGAAGAUUGUUUGUUUAUCAGUACUGCAGUACAGACGCAUGGCCAUUGCUUGGGAUUAGUUCACUGGAAGAAGGCAACACUGGUCCMCUGGAUUGGGAWAGGUUUAAGGCGACAUUACUUCGUGGUGACGUUACCAUGUUUCCUAAAAUGGAAGCUAUUCCCUUUUCCCUUCCUGUUCCAUUUGAUAAAGGUUAUGUGUUUGAGCAUCCAGACAGCAUUCAAUCUUCACACGAUAAUCCUCAAUAGUUCAACAAUUAAAUGAUUACAUUUCUAAAAAAAUAUAGCUCAUCAGGCCAAGCCAGAAUAACAGUAWUUCGGUCGAUUAAAAAAUUGAUAUGUCUUUCUACAAAAUAAUAUAUCACCAAUUCGUAUGUAAUGAAGUAAGCUUAUAUAUUGUACCAAUACGUUUUUGUAAUAAAAUAAUAUUGCGUAAAA